AUGACCACUGAGCCCUUAGAAGACCCUGAAGCCAGCAGCAGUUCUGCACAUGAUCUUCCCCAGGCCUCCUCGGACAACAAAGCUGAUGAAAACUCUGCAGAUGUACCCGGAGAAUCCGAAGAACCAGACUCCCUGCCUGAUGACGACCCACCAGGAGACAUCGCCAUAGCACUCUCUGAACAGGAUGUAGAUGAGGCCUCUGUGGCAGAAACCAUUGCCACAGAGCACGAUGAGGAGCAGGCCUUCGUUCACAUUGAUACCUUCCUGAAACAGGAUGAAGACCUGGCCUCCAAGCCGAGGGCCACCAUCCCGGAGAAAGAUGUAGACCAGGUGUCCGUGCAGAUUACCACCAUCAUUGAACAGGGUAAAGACCAGGCCUCCAUGCAGACUGCCACCUUGAUGGGACAGGAUGAAGACCAGGCAUCUAUGCAGAUUCCCACUUCUGUGGGACAGGAAAAAGAUCAGGCCUCGGCGCAGACAGACUCCUCCAUAGGGCAAGAGGUCGAGCCAGACAUCUCCAUGGCUACAGCAACUUCCGGGGUCAAAGAUGAGAGCCCAGAUACUCCAAGUCAGAGUCAGGACAAUUCUGAAGAGAUCACAUCUCUACUGCCCCAAGACCCAGGUAUCCUGCAAGUGUUUGUGGGUUUCCAGAACCCAGUGUGGGACAGGUUAGCUGAGAACAACCGUACGAGUCGGAGUCGCACGGUUUCCCCAAGUGACUCCCAGACCCAGGAAAAGACACCAGGAAAGCCAGUUGGUCCAGAAGGGCAGCCAGAGAUAGCCCCAAAUGCCGAUGUCCCAUCUGUCCUACCUGAAGAUGUACAGCCUUCUGAGGGCGCUACUGACCCGCCCCCUUCAGAUACCAGUGAUCCUGACCCAGAACCCUCGACUACCACCAAGGCUGCUCAUCAGGAAGCUGGAGGGGGCAACACUUUGAACUCUGAGAGCAAAGCUAGGCCCCCGGGGCCCACCAGUGAAGAUUUAGCUGCUGACUCAGGGAAUCCACAGGCCCCACCUGUCUCAAACUCCCCAGGAGACUGUCCACCCCCGUCUCCAUAUUCCCGUCAGGUAGCCCUGGGCAGGAACCUUCUGGACCCCAAUCUGUAUAGGCCUGAGGUGGAGAAUGACUACAUGCGCUCCAUGACCAGCCUGCUGGGUUGUGGAGAGAGCUCCAUCAGCUCCCUCACAGACAUCCUGGUGUGGUCAGACACGGCCACGCGCAUGGGUGUGGCUGUGGGCAUUCUGGCCUCAGGCUGCAGUUCUCCGGCCGACAGGCUACAAGACGAGGGUCCCCGCCUGCGCACUGUCGCCAGCCUCUUGCGCAGUGCCAGGUCAGCUUUCUCCUCUGGGGUGAUGUCUGGAACUGGCUCAGCCCUGCGCUCUGUCACACACCUGCUGGAGUCUGUGGAGAGGCGUACUAUGGAAAGCAUCCGUUCAGCUAUGCGCUACCUGGCCCAUCACUUCACCUCACGCUGGGCCCGCACUGGCCCCAAUGGUGACUAG